GUUUGCGGUAGCAGAGCAGUGCCCCGGAAGCUGUUGGUUGCAAGGUGGCCGGAAGGGUUCCGUGCGGCUCGCCUUUUAGCGGGUUGCGGAGGCUGCACUAGUCUCUGUCGCCAUGCUACUCUCCGCUGUUUGCCUUGCCAAGAGCAAGUCAAAGACCCUCCUUGUGAAAAUGGUGAGCCAAGCAGGGACAGGUUACACCUUCAACACCAAGAGAAACCGGUUACGAGAGAAACUGGUCCUUCUGCAUUACGACCCAAUUGGUAAAAAUGGAGAGAAGUUGCUUCAUGGAAGGUUGAACAAACGGGUCCUUUUUGUGGAGAAGAAAAAAGUGCGCUCCAUUUAAACAAUGGAUUGAAAAUGAAUUUGAUUUAUAAAUGAGGAAGACUCUUGGGGGGGGAAACACUGAUUCAGAAAUCCUGCAGUGUGCACCCAAAGAAAAGGAAAUGGCUUGGAAUCACCACCUCCUGUGAUUUGAAUGCCAUUGUGAAGGAAAACAAUGCAUCGAAAGAAAAUUCUUUGCUUUAGGACAUAGAUCAUUGCAUCAACAUUUAUUUAUCUUUCUGGUUAUUUUUACAGCCUUCAAUAAAAAAAUUAAAAUAGCUAGUA